AUGAAUAAUGGGAAUGCUGAGAGGCGAAAACCAGGAGUGGAAAGGAACCAGAGUCAAGAGUCAGAGAGACAAGAGCCAGAACCAGAACCAGAACCAGAAACCCAGACUCCAGAACCAAAACCAGACCAAACCAAAGUGAAAAGCCUCCAUGCCCAACCCGGGCCCCAGAAGUUGUCCAGUAGUGGGCAAGUCCCUAUCUCGGACGGGCGUGUGAAGAGUCAUCGUUCCUCCACUCCAUCCGCUCCCGUCCUGGUUCCGAUCAUCGUCUGCCUUCCCCUUCUACUUUACUUACUCCGGGCCCUCCUCCCUCCUCUCUCACUCUGCCAGCAGGGCUGA